AUGACUGGGCGAGAUGACAUCUCAGAGGGCAAAUCAAAAGUGAAGAUCCUGGCCCCGAGUGCGGGAAAUGAGAAAUCGGGUCGUUUUCAUGGACCUGCAAUGAGAUCCAAAGGCUUUGCCAUCACUGACCUACUUGGUCUAGAAGCGGAACUACAGCCCCCAUCAGUCUCUCUUCCCAGCUGUGAAGGUCCAGGAGGAGGUCUUGGUGGGGUCUCCUUGGCUAAUGGUUCGCUGCCCCUUGGGUUGGGGUUUCUGUGUGGUUUUGCCUCUCAACAACCCACUGGGACUACUUGCCUUCUCCCAACUCACAUACCAUUUCUUCAGCCUAGAACAGAUCAUCAGUAUCUCCACAGCUCAGACAAGCACAAGGAAAAUAUCUCUGAUGAUGACAGUCUCCUUGGAGAUAAGAAUGAUUUAAAGGCAUCUGGCUCACAAACAAAAAGAAAGAAAAGAAGACACAGGACUGUAUUUACUGCUCAUCAGCUGGAGGAAUUAGAGAAAGCCUUCAAUGAAGCUCAUUAUCCUGAUGUGUAUGCCAGAGAAAUGUUGGCUCUCAAGACAGAAUUGCCUGAGGACAGAAUACAGGUCUGGUUCCAGAAUAGGAGGGCUAAGUGGAGAAAGCGUGAGAAGUGUUGGGGCAGGAGCAGUGUUAUGGCAGAAUAUGGGCUCUAUGGUGCCAUGGUGAGGCAUUCCAUCCCACUACCUGAGUCCAUCAUCAAUUCGGCAAAGAAUGGGCUAGUUGGUUCCUGUGCUCCUUGGCUACUGGGCAUGCACAAAAAGUCUGUAGACGUUACCAGGAAGACAGAUGUGGAUGAACAAGCAACAGAUAAUUACAGGGGGGAACACUAUAUCGAUAACCUGUUAUCCAGGCCAUCAGAGUCUCAUAGGAACACACAGGACAAAGACCACUGUAUGGACACUUCAGAAGAAAGAGCCAUUGACCUCUCAAGCACAGCAAAACAAGAGACACCAUGCAAUAUGAGGCAUGGAUCCAACAGAGACAGUCAAAAUGACACCACAGACAGUGAGCACUGA